AUGAAGGUGGCUGUGGGCCCAGACCCUUCCCUGGUCUACCGGCCUGAUGUGGACCAGGAGGCGGCCAAAGACAAGGACAAUUUCCGGAACUACAAGUCUGGCCCGCUCCUGGACCGUGUCUUUGCCACCUACAAGCUCAUGCACACGCACCAGACAGUGGACUUCGUCCGCAAGAAGCAUGCCCAGUUCGGGAGCUUCUCCUACAAGAGGAUGACGGUGCUGGAUGCUGUCGACAUGCUGGACGAGCUGGUGGAUGAGUCGGACCCCGACGUGGACUUCCCCAACUCCUUCCAUGCCUUCCAGACGGCAGAGGGCAUCCGCAAGGCCCACCCCGACAAGGACUGGUUCCACCUCGUCGGCCUCCUGCACGACCUGGGGAAGGUCCUGGCUCUCGCAGGGGAGCCCCAGUGGGCCGUGGUUGGAGACACCUUCCCUGUUGGCUGCCGGCCCCAGGCCUCGGUGGUCUUCUGUGACUCCACCUUCCAGGACAACCCUGACCUUCAGGACCCUCGAUACAGCACGGAGCUCGGCAUUUACCAGCCACACUGUGGGCUGGAGAACGUCCUCAUGUCCUGGGGCCAUGACGAGUACAUGUACCAGAUGAUGAAGUUCAACAAAUUCUCCCUCCCACCGGAGGCCUUCUACAUGAUCCGCUUCCACUCCUUCUACCCGUGGCACACUGGCGGCGACUACCGGCAGCUCUGCAACGAGCAGGACCUGGCCAUGCUGCCCUGGGUGAAGGAGUUCAACAAGUUCGACCUCUACACCAAGUCCCCCGACCUUCCUGAUGUGGAAAAGCUGCGACCCUACUACCAGGGGCUCAUUGACAAGUACUGCCCUGGUGUCCUGCGCUGGUGA